GUGUCCCCCUGCUGGGGUGAUCUGGCGCAGAGCGGAGGAGGUGCUUGCUCCUGCUCCUGCUCCCGCUCUUCCCCUCUCCUUGCGGCCUCCCGGAGGUCGACCCUCUCCUUGCGGCCUGCAGUAGGAUGUUUAUGACGCCUAAGAGGAGCAAAAUGGAAGUCGACGAGUCUCGGGUUUUCCGGGCCGAGUGGACCCAGCGUUACUUGGUGGUGGAGCCUCCGGAGGGCGAAGGGGCCCUGUGCCUGGUCUGUCGCCGCCUCGUCGUAGCCACCCGCGAACGCGAUGUCAGGCGCCACUACGAGGCCGAGCACGACUACUACGAGCGGUAUGUGGCGGAGGGCGAGCGCGCGGCCCUGGUGGAGCGUCUGCAGCAGGGCGACUUGCCCGUGGUCACCCCGCUCACUCCCGAGGAGAGAGCCGCCCGUGCAGGCCUCGGGCUCGCCCGCCUCUUGGCCUUGAAGGGUCGCGGCUGGGGUGAGGGGGACUUUGUGUACCAGUGCAUGGAGGUGUUGCUGAGGGAUGUGCUGCCCGAACACGUAAGCGCUCUGGAUGGCGUUGAUUUAUCGCCAGAGGUCACGCGGCAGAGGGUCCUCAACAUUAACAAGAAUCUACGCAGUCAGCUUUUUAACCGAGCCAAGGACUUUAAAGCCUACUCCCUUGCCUUGGACGACCAGGCCUUUGUGGCCUAUGAGAACUACCUCCUGGUCUUUGUCCGUGGCGUGGGCCAGGACUUGGAGGUACAAGAAGAGCUUCUGACCAUCAUCAACCUGACCCGUCACUUCAGCGUUGGGGCCCUUAUGGCGGCAAUCCUCGAGGCCCUGCAGACGGCAGGGCUUAGCUUGCAGCGAAUGGUCGGACUCACCACGACCCACACGCUGAGGAUGAUUGGUGAGAACUCGGGACUGGUGUCGUACAUGAGAGAAAAGGCUGUAAGCCCCAACUGUUGGAAUGUUAUCCAUUAUUCAGGAUUUCUGCACUUGGAACUGUUGAGCUCCUACGAUGUAGACGUUAACCAGAUCAUAAAUACUAUAUCUGAAUGGAUAGUUUUGAUUAAGACCAGAGGCGUUAGGCGCCCCGAAUUUCAGGCUCUCCUCACUGAAUCUGAAUCAGAGCAUGGCGAAAGGGUUAACGGACGAUGUCUGAACAAUUGGCUUAGAAGAGGGAAAACUUUAAAACUGAUAUUUUCCCUGAGAAAAGAGAUAGAAGCCUUCUUGGUUUCGAUAGGGGCCACCACGGUCCAUUUCACAGACAAGCAGUGGCUUUGUGACUUUGGCUUCUUGGUGGAUAUCAUGGACCAUCUUCGAGAACUCAGUGAACUGUUGAGAGUUAGUAAAGUCUUUGCUGCCGCUGCCUUUGACCAUAUCUGUACCUUUGAAGUCAAGCUGAGUUUACUGCAGAGACACAUUGAAGAAAAAAACCUAACACACUUUGCGGCCUUCAGAGAAGUUGUCGAUGAGCUUAAACAGCAUCUUAAAGAAGAACAAAAAAUAUUUGAUCCUGAUAGGUAUCAAGUGGUGAUCUGUCGCCUGCAAAAAGAAUUUGAGAGACAUUUCAAGGACCUCAGGUUCAUUAAAAAGGACUUGGAACUUUUUGCAAAUCCUUUUAAUUUUAAGCCUGAAUAUGCACCUAUUUCAGUAAGAGUGGAGCUAACCAAACUUCAGGCAAAUACUAACCUUUGGAAUGAGUACAGAGUCAAAGACCUGGGGCAGUUCUAUGCUGGCUUGUCGGCCGAAUCUUACCCAAUUAUCAAAGGGGUUGCCUGUAAGGUGGCAUCCUUGUUUGAUAGUAAUGAAAUCUGCGAAAAGGCUUUUUCGUAUUUGACUCGAAACCAACACACUUUGAGCCAACCCUUGACAGAUGAGCAUCUCCACGCCCUGUUUAGGAUUGCCACAACUGAAAUAGAGCCGCAUUGGGAUGACCUUGUGAGAGGAAGAAAUGAACCCAAUCCAUAGGCCUUGGUAGUACGACACUGAGACGCUCAGAGUCUGAUUCUGAAAGCAAACCUUUGCCUGAUUUUUCAAGUUAACUAAUUUGGAUUGUGGCAAAGCACCAAGUUUACUCAUCCAAAUUGAUCACCAUUCAGAUUCUUCUGACAGAGGUGUUUUUGUUUUUGUUUUUGUUUUUGUUUUUUUCAUCUCAAGAGGCAGCAUGGGACUGACACAUGCAAACACCUUUUUUAAAAUUUAAUUUAAUGACAAUGUCAUUGUCUUUUACUUUUAUGAUUGUUUCUAAAGAAAUUCAGUACUGAUAACGCGAGUUGAAUUAGAAGUCUGUUUUUCUGGUGUUUUGAAGAAGUUUUAGCUCUUCUUUUGAACAAAGUGUUAAAAUUUUGAUGCAUAUGAUCUGAAGUUAUCAACCCCAUAAAUGUAUGUUUGAGCCAGUUUGCAGAAACUCACGUAGCAAGUUCAGAAGUUUCUGAAAAGGAAGAGCGUACAUCCGGUGGAGGUAUUUUGUCUAACUAUCGAAGUGUUUGAGACUAUUUUUUUUUAAACAUUUUUCUGAGUCCUAAGUAAAUAUUGACAGAUUUCCUCCUCAGCUCCCCCCCCCCCCCCCCGCAACCAGCCCUAGCAAUGAUUAGAGGGAAAUAAUCAAAAUUUUAGUCAGAGGAGUAAGAAUUAUGUUUAAAUUGCUGGUUUAGGAGGCUUCCUGCAUUUUGGAGAUCAGACUAACCAAUUAUUGGGGAUUUCCCCUGAAUUUUUCACACUUGGGUGCUGUUUUGUCAGCUUGCCUAUUAAAGGACUACGGUAAGUAUAGAAUCUUGAUGGUUACCCGUUAGUAAUUCUUUAUUCGACUCCAGAUAGAAGUUUGACCCUGUCAGAAAAGGAUGAGAGAAUAAGAUUUUUGCCCUCCAGGAUCAGGAGGUGGGAGGUAUUUUAGCUUAUUAUGCAUGGGUUAACUGCUUCAUAAAGAAACCCUGUUAAAAGGAAACCCUUUAGUUUAAAGUGGUAAGAUCUCAAAUCGUGUUAGCUGCUGGAAGUGGAUUUAUUAUAGAAUUUAAAACUGUCCCACUCGUUCUGUAUUUAAGAUAGUGCACAAGUAGAAAUAUUUAACUUUCAAGAAGCAGCUUUAUUAACAGAUUGUGGCAAUUCCAUAUUUCUAGUGAGACAUAUGCUUUGUGCUAAAACAGUUAUUUUCAAACUUAUGUUAACCGUGAAAAGAAAAUCUUACAGUGAAGCCAAAUAUAUAAAACGAUUUAAAGGCAGGACCCAACUUAGAGGUCCUCUCAAGUACAGUUUGCAAACUUGUGCUAAAGUCCUGUCUUAACCUUUGUAACACAUUCUAUGGUCACUAAUCCAGCAAAUUCAUCGAACCAGGAUACAACCAAGGAUUUAGAAGGAAUUGAUGCCUGAGCAAUCAAAAUCGAUGCCAUAAAAGCCCAGGAACCAAAAUUGUGUCCCUGGUUCUCAACCAGAAGCAGUAACCCCUCUUUCCAGGGGUUGUUGGAAAGCAUAGGGGACUUUUUUGGUUCUCAGACUCACUGAGAGGGUUCUGCUGGCAUUCCCCCUGCCCCCACAGUGCAUAGGACAGCCAGGCACAAUGGAGAAUUAUCCUUCGCAAAGUGCCAGUAGACAGCCCUCCCCCCCCCCCCCAUUGUAGAUUAUUUUAUUUUGAGGGACAGGGCAAAUUACCGGUAGAAGCAGAAUGAAAGGGCAAAUCUGGCAAACUGAUGAUAUUUGAUAGGCACUAAUUCCAACAUUCCAGGUUUGGCUGGUAAAGUGCGGUAAAGGCCUUGAUAGGUUCUGGUAGCUCGCAAUAGCAUUUACAUGUCAGUGAUUUAUACUGAACCAGAUCAAAGGGCUCUAUUCUGUUUAAUUAGAGCAGAAAAGCAAGUAUUUACAAGCUAGUAAUCAAGAAUGGUCAAGUUGAGAUUUUAGUUAACAGGGAAUAAGCUUAAAAUAUCUGGAAAAACAGCAGUAAAAAAAAAAAAAAACCAGCGCCCCCCCCCCCCCAAAAAAAAUCUACCGGUAAUUUCCCACUAGUUUGGAGUAUUCUCUUUCACGGCAAGUGCUUUAUUGAAAAAAAAAAUGUUUGGAGGACCUGCUUCUGCUUUCCUACCCUGGUUCCUCAAAUAUUGAAGUCUUGUACAUUUUGUGAAGUUCCAUUAUAUAUUUUUGCUUAAGGUAAUAAAACUAGUUUGCAUCAUGUAGGUACUGAGUCGGGGGUGGGGGGGGAGAUAUAAACUAAGGAUUUAAAAUGGACCCUAAAUAGUGGAGAAUUUGCUAUAAGCUAGUCUUGUUUGUAAAAAAGAAAAAAGUGUGUAUAUUACUGUCUUCUGUAUUAAGUAAUUCUGUAACUGCAUGGCAGUCUUUAAAAAAAGUUUUUUCGUUUUUUUUUUUUUUUUACAAAAUAGUUGUUACUGGUCCUGUUGUAUCAGUGAAUAUAGUUAAAAUAAGUACUAUUUUUUAAAAGCCCUAUGUCCCUAUAUAUCUCCCAUUCCUCCUAGUGUUCUUAAAAGAUGUGUCUGUAUUCCCAGUCUCCUGUAGUGCCAAACUGCUCUAGCCAGCCAGAUCCUUGUCAACGUUCUUGCCCUCUCUCACACCACUGACCACUUUUCCUUGAAGUCCUGGUUUACUUUUGCUUCGGGGGUAGAUCCCACCUGCAGGUAUGCUUUCUCGGUCUCCUUCGUGGGUCCUCUUUCCCGUCCAUGUUUGUGUUCUUGUGAUGUGAAAAUCUGGUUUUAGAGCUACCGUUUUGUACCUCCCCUUAGCUGCUGUCAUCUCUGUUCGCGGCUUCAGGUACCGUUUAUGUGCAAACGAUUCCUAAAUUCCUAUCUCCUUUCCAGGCCUUUCCUAAUCCAUAUAUCAAAUUGCUAACUUGAGUCUGCUCUGCCGUCUCAUGGACACCAUGGCAUGUCAUUGAUCUUGCCCCCAAACCUGCUCCUUUUAUGUUCCCUCUUUCAGUAGAUGGUGCGGCUGCUAUCAGUCGUCAUAGCCCAAGCCAAAACCUGACCUGCCCGUGACUCUUCAUCCAUCACAUCCACUCACGGGAACCUUGGUGUUAAGUUGACUGUCUCUAAAGUUUUUCUCACUUCUCCAGUUCAGGCCAUCAGCCUACCUUAAUACAGCAACAGCAUCCUCGUCGAGUCUCUUUUUCUCUGGUUUUGAUCCCUUUUUACGCUGCAGCCAGAUCGUUCCAAAAGACAUAGUUGGUCAUAUCUCUCCACUGCUUUCCCCAUUAUGUAGGAUAACAUACAACUGAUACUCGUCUUUGAGGUCUCAGUUUAAAUACCACUUGCUCUCGGAAGCCUUCGUAGAUGCCCUCUAGACUAAGAGCCUUCGUAGAUGCCCUCUAGACUAGGUGCCCCCACUGGACACUCUCUAAAUACCCUUUUCUCCUAAUCAUACACUUAGCACACUUUGCUGCUACUUCUUGAUCACUGCUAGACUGUAAGCUUUACCAGGGCAGGGACUGUGCCUUGCUAGCUGUUCUAUAUGUAGUGCUUAGCACAAUGCCUGGCAUUCCAAUAAAUGUUUGGAUGAAUAAAUACGUGUGUAGUGUUUUAUGAUCUUUGAAGCUCUUUUGCAGUCUCAUUUGACCUUCACCGAGGUCCUCCUGCCUUAGCCCGCUUCUUGGGUAAUUGUUAUUCACGUAUUACAAAUUAAAUGAAACUAAGUUCUUUGUGACUACAGAGCUGUAUUCCCAGAAUUUAGCUCAGUGCUUGGCAUGCGGCUCAAAUAUUUACUAUGUGAGUGUUGCUGAGGAAACAAACUUAAAUUGCAGUUUGCCCUAGGAAACCAGAAGUGAGGCCAGGUUUCAGACGCAGGUAUACUCACAUAAAUCUAUGGAAUAUUGAGUCUUUACCUCCUUUAUUUAGAAGUAUUAUUAGUUGACUAUUUUUAGUUUUCAUAGGUAGACUUCAAAGGAACCUAGAUGAAAAAGAUUGGGCAACCAUUUAGUGAACUAAAACAAUACUUGGGUAAUUAAAAAGUUCUACUCGGUAUCAGAAGAAGAUAAUGCUGCUUGAAAUAUCCUUUUUCCUUUUAUAAUGUGUCAAUCCUAGAAGAAAAUGACAGACUACUUACUUGCUACUUUCCUUUACAGAUGAUUUCUGGCUCUUCUGGGAUUUAAAAGUAAGUAAAUUUAAUAAAAUUUUAGAGGAAUGACUCGGUAUUUCUGGUCACUAGAUACCCAGUUCUCUUGCUAUCUUGCCUGCGGAAUGUCCUCAUCACUUCUCCAAGGGAGGUGACCCAAGAGGUACAUCUAGUCAAGGUGUACUUAGAUUUACUCUUUUUCUUUGCUUUCUUGUUCAUGUGCCUCUGAACUUAAUUUCUGGGUAACUGGGGCUUUUGGGAUUCGUGGAAGAACUAUAACCAUGGCCUGUUUCCUUGAGUCAUUUUAAUUUAAGGGAUUAACCAGUGUUCACUUAGCUGGACUUUUAGCCUGUGGCACAUUAACUCAUCCAGAGGCCUUAACGGUAGGUGUGAUGGUCAUCCAGUGAUCCUUGCUGCAAAACUGGGUCUUCAUGGGUUUCUUUAAUCUUCUGGAUUAAACAAUUUCUCGUUUUUAUCUUUUUGUAAUUGAGCAGGAGCCUCAUCCUACCCAAUAAGUACUUCAACUUGUGAACUCUACCCCUUUCAUUUCUGCUUGCAAUUUGAUGAAUUCUGAGUUCAUCUCUUCCUUGUACAUUUUGUCAAAUGCAGCCAACAACAACCAUAAAACAUUUUGUUUUCUUUCUCUUUUUCCCCCCUUUAAUAAAGAAAGAUUCUGUGCCUUCCAUGCUUUCCCAAGGGACAAUUUGACCACUCCACAACGUGAAUUGCCCCUACGUAAGUUAUUUCUCCCAUCCUCCAGUAGCAAUUUCCUGAAUGCCUCCCAACUAAGCCAGUGUGUAGUACGUUAAGGUUUUUAAAAAAUGGAGCCACUUUCUGUAUCAGGAUGGGUAAGGUUGUCCUACAGUAACGACCACAGAGUCUCAAUGCCUCACGUAACUUUUUUUCUUGCAACUUGUCUAGGGACUUUGCUCUAGGUCAGGGAUCAACAAACUAUAGUCCACAGGCAAAAUCCGUCCUGUUGCCUGCUGCUGUAAAUAAAGUUUUACUGGAAGACAGCCUUGCCCAUUUACUUAUGUCUGUGGCUGCUUUUGCUCUACCAUGGCAGAAUUGAAUAGCUGUGACAAAGUGCAUAGUCCACUGAGUCUAAAAUAUUUACUGUGUGACCCCACAGAAAAUGCUCACUGAUCCCUGCUCUGAGUCUCUGAGACUCAGGUUGACCAGGCAGAUACCAUCUAGGGUGUGGCUGUUCAUUUUGGGAAAUGAGAAGAAUACAGCAAGUCACUUACAGGCCCUUAAAGCACUUUCAUUGACCAAAACAAAUCCCAUGGCCACACCAAAGUUCGAGGAAUAGUGUUAAGUCUUCCAUGUGCCUCAAAGGAAAACCAGAAAUAUUUGGAAGACAACACUAGAUUAACACAUGGUUAUGUCUCCCUUUAUAUAAUUUCUUUAGAAAUCUUUUUUAGUGAGGUGAAACAUUCAGUAAAGUGUGUAAAUGUUGAGUGUGUGCCUCAGUGGAUUUUUAUAUACACCCUUGAACCCAUCACCCAGAUCAAGAUACUGAACAUUUCUAGCACCCAGCAAAUGCCCUUGUGUCCCUCCCGCACACAGAUAAACACUACUCUGACCUUGAUCACCAUAGAUUACUUUUGUCUUUUUAAAGCUUCAUGUAAAUGUAACAAUUAUAUGUACUCUUGUGUCUUUUGUUCACUACUGUGUGACUCAUCCAUGUUGCAUGUAGCAGCAUUUUUUACUUCCGUGCAGUAUUCCAUUGUACGACUACCGCAAUUUAAAAUUCCAUUCUACUGUUGAUGGAAAUUUUGGUUGUUUCCAGUUUGUGGUUAUUAUGAAUAAAGUCGCUAUAAACAUU